UUUACAAUUUACAACCCUGAAUUUUUACUAUCGUGCAUCGUUGUGUGUUUUGGCGGCAGGGCAGUUGUGGUGGCUUUUCUCUCCGUUGUGUGCAUGUAGCUUACUGAAAUUUUUUAAGCCAUUUCGUUUUUUUAACUCAAGGUAUCAACUUUUGUUCUAGAAUGGCGAAAGUUCACAUUGUUGAUGUCAAAGUGUUAAACAACCCCUGCCCUUUUUUUAGUCCAUUUCAAUUUGAAAUCGUUUUCGAAUGUAUCGAUGAAAUUCCAGAAGAUCUGGAGUGGAAGUUAACAUAUGUUGGAUCAGCUGAGAGUGCAGCACAUGACCAGAUUCUAGACACAGUAGUUGUUGGCCCAGUCCCAGUUGGAAAGCACAAAUUUGUAUUUCAAGCAGACCAACCAGAUCCUGAAAAAAUACCUGUAGCUGAUGCAAUUGGAGUCACCGCAGUCUUACUUACAUGCUCGUAUAAAGAGCAUGAAUUUGUUAGAGUGGGGUAUUUCGUCAACAAUGAUUAUAUUGAUCCUGAGCUCAAGGACAAUCCACCAGCUGUACCUCAGUUUGAUAAGAUGACACGGAACAUUCUGGAAGAGCCAAGAGUAACGCGAUUUAAAAUCGACUGGGGUGGCGAAGCUUGUGAAGCAACCAAUGAAAUGGAAACCGAGACUCAAGUUGAAAUGCGUGAAAACACCGAGAAUAGUCUCAUGGAACCUCCACUCAAAUCCUACAUUCACAGCGAAUCGAGCCACAGCACUAUGGAAGUAGUAUAAUAUCUUCAUUUCCUUUCUUUGCACUCCAGUGUCUGAAAACUCGCCUGUUCCACUGUUUUCAAUUAAUUUGCGUGCUUAUGUAAAAUGUUUUCUCUUGAAUUAGGAAAAUUCUUUUGAUUAAUAUACGUUUCUGUAAAAUAA